AUGUUUACUCAGCCACUCAGCCUCCUGGCGGCUCUCAUCGCCGUGGGUGACUUGGCCGCCGCCAUCCCCGUCGAUUCACCAGCUUCUCUCGAGGUCAGAGACAUGCCCCGGCCGCGCUUCGGGAAUGUUCCGUAUGGUGUCGACAUCACUACCUGCACCGUCAAGGGCAAGGUUGCGCUCUCUUUCGAUGAUGGGCCCGGCGAGUACACCACGAAAGUCCUCGAUACCCUUGAAAAGAACGGCAACAUCAAGGCGACAUUCUUCCUCGUCGGCUCCAGCGGGAACGGCCAAACCGGCAUCUCCAAUGCUUCGUACGCGUCCGUGUUGAAGCGCAUGUUCAAUGCUGGCCACCAGCUCGGCAGCCACUCGUGGAGCCAUCAGAACUUUGACGCGAUCUCCCAGCAGCAGAUGAGAGACGAAGUGUUGAAGAACGAGGACAUAUUCUCCAAGACUUUCGGUGUCAUCCCUACGUACUGGAGGCCUCCAUAUACCCACUGCAGCGCGCCUUGUAUUUCUAUUCUGAAUGAAUACGCCUACCAUAUUACGGACUUCAAUAUCGACACAAGGGACUGGCAAGAUGGUGGUGUCAACGCGAAACAGAUCUACUCCGGUAUCAUCAAAGGCAGUAAUCCCACCACCGACAAGUGGAUUUCUCUCGCCCACGACAUCCACCCUUUCACGGCCGAUGGAUUUGUACAAUACAUGAUAGACGUCGCGAAAGAGAAGGGGUACCAGUUUACCACCAUCGGCGAUUGCCUUGGUGACCCCUCAUCGAAUUGGUACCGUGAUCCCAAGACUGGCGGGCCUUGGGGCGGACUCAGCGGUGAUUCCAAGUCCAGCACGACUAUCAAGUCCGGAUCUUCCACCAAGGUCGAGGCGAGCUCCAAGUCACAGGCUCCAACGACAACCUCUUCAUCAACAACGGUGGAAGCAAAGGCAACAUCUUCCAGCACCCUCUCGCAGAUGACGAAGACUAGCGUCACUGUGAGUUCUUCUCUAGACAGUCGUGGGACUCAGACCGCUUCGACUACGAGCACCUCUACGAGUGCCACCACUACAAGACCUCCGGUCACGUCUGCCGCUGCUGAAAGCGCCAACAUGAGCUUGGAGCCGGUUCACUCAACGACGACGGCGACUUCGGCCUCUGCUGUCUCUUCAACCUCUUCCAAACCCAAUUCUGCUGGCAGAGCCGUAUUUUCUGUGCCCGGCGCCAUCGCAGGUCUCAUAGCUUGGUCUGCAAUGAUGCUGAUAUGA